AUGUUCAAAAUAAUAAAAUUCUUCCAGGAGUUCGUCGUGGCGCGGGCAGCAAAAAGACUGAAACUCGGUGAGCCGAGUCCCCCGGCCCCGACGAUGAGCGCAAAGUUGAAAGCUGGACAGCGUGAUAAAGUAAGUUUGAUUGUUUCAAACGUUUGUCUUUCUCGUUUAGUUGAGAACCUUCUUGCAAAUCGCUAACUGUGAUGAAAUCAUCGCACAAAAAUGCCUCAAUAACGCAGACUGGAACAUUGAAAGGGCUUUAGACAUAUUUUACCAGACUCCCUCCUUCCAAGAAAGCUCGUCUGGAUGUGAUGCCCGUAAAAUUGACGCGCUUUUCAACGCCUAUGCUAAUGGUAUGUACAGUCGUUGUAAGCUUUUAUUUUUUUAGACAAGGAAGACCUAAAACAGACGGGUGUGGAGAAUCGAAUUGGCCCGAACGGAAUGCUCAGACUUUUAAAUGAUCUCCAUGUCGAUCCGUCGUCAGUUGACGCGUUGAUCUUGGCUUGGAAAAUGAAAGCUGAAACUCAAUGCGAAUUCUCUCAGGAGGAGUUUAAAAACGGGUGCAUUCAAAUGAGGUAAGGAGCAUUUUUCCAGAUGAUUGGCUUCAAUGUUUAGGGUCGACACAAUUGAUAAAAUGAGAAAUCAGGUGUCAAAUUGGCGAAAUGAGAUAAAAGACACCCAGAAAUUCAAACAACUGUACCAGUUUGCAUUCAAUUAUGCUAAAAGUGCUGCCACCAGGUUCUUGGAAAUAGAUACCGCAGUGGCUUAUUGGAAUUUGAUCUUCGAAGACCGGGAUAGCCGAGUGCCCAUUUGGAUUGAGUUCCUCAAAAAUAACAAAACUCGGGGGGUUUCUCGUGAUACUUGGAAUCUCUUUUUCGACUUUCUGGUGCAAACCAUGGACACUUAUGACAAUUACGACGCUGAGGGCGCAUGGCCGGUCAUGAUUGAUGAAUUUGUUGAUUAUGCGAAGACGCGAAAGAGUUAA